UCCAGGACCCUUAGCACCCUGAUACACUUUCAGCAGCAGAACCAGCAAGUGUCCUUGGGCGAGUUGGUUUGUGGCAAGAGUGAGAGAAUCUCUUGAGUGAUCCGGGGACAUUCACAGGGCUGUCUGCGAAGGCCUGCCUCAUCCCGGGAAGCUGUGGGACUGGUCCCCUCAGCAACUUCCCCCUUGGCCCUCACUGCUUCACUCCCUCAGCUUCCGCUAUUGUCUCAGCCCCAAGGACAGGAAAUAGAGAGCAACAAAGAAAAGCAGAAGAAGGCAUCUUGGGAAUUGAUCCCUCUCCAGAGGGGCAAACUUGCAGGUCUGCAGUGGCCGGGCUGUGGGUGAGCUCUGCGGAGAAAUGACCCCAGGAGCCUGGGCUGUGUGGCCGCCCUUUCUGCUGCUGCUUCUCUGGCUCCCAGGCUGUUUUCCUCUGAGUAGCCUCAGCCCCGUGACGGGCUACGUGGGAAGAGCCCUGAGUGUGCAGUGUCAGUAUGAGGAAGACCACAGGUUAUACAGCAAAUACUGGUGCAGAGAGUCAAUGCUGGGAGUGAGAUGCAACAAGAUCGUGGAGACUGAAGUCUCCAAGAGAGAACUGAGGAAAGACCGUGUGUCCAUCACAGACCACCCAACCAAUCUUACCUUCAAAGUGACCUUGGAGCAUCUCACCCUGGAGGAUGCAGGCGCCUACAGGUGUGGGAUCAACCUACCCUGGAGCAAAGAUCUUGAAUUCCAGGUUGUGGUGUAUGUGCUUCCAACACCAACAUCAAGGACGUCUACAAUUGUCACUACAGCCAAGACCCUGACAACCAGAACCGAAGUUCAAGCUACGCUGUCCACCAGCUCGGCUGCCAAGAGCCCCACCCAAGGCUCCAGCCCUGAGGAGAGGCCCCGUGACUUCCAAGGCCAGAGCAUCUGGCCACUGCUCUCAGUGUUAGCACUUCUGCUGCUUCUGCUGAUGGGGGCCUCUUUGCUGGCCUGGUGGAGGAUUCAGAAGCGAAUCAAAGCCGAUAAACACCCAGAGCUGUCCGAGAACCUCAGGCAGGCUGCUGAGCAGAGUGAUCCCCAGUAUGUGAAUCUGCAGCUGCACAUGCUGUCCCUAAGGGAAGAGCCAGUGCCACCGAGGCAGGUAGACACGGAAUACAGCACUGUGACAUUGCCCAAGGACGACCUUCACUAUGCCUCGGUGGUGUUUGACUCACAGAAGCCAACCUGUAAUGCCAGCGAGGACCCUACUCGGGGGUCCCAAGGAGGAGAACCGGAGUACAGUGUGAUCCGGAAACCCACAGCUGGCCCCUCUGACCCUCACCAGCGACUCCUGUAGCCUGCUCCCCUCGAUGGUGACCACCAGACUCCCAGGCUGUCCUCUGAUGCCAUCAGCGCAGCUGGCUUCACUGAGGACAAGUGGGAGCCACGGCCAUGCAGGGACACAGGAAGCCCUCCAUCGCAACGGCUCUUGGCUCUGAGCUGCGGCGGCUGCAUGCCGGUGAUGUGUGGUGGAUGGAGACGCUCAGUCCCGGGUGGCUCUGGGAGGUGACAGAGAAUGGCACCUGCAGACGGCUUUGUAAUCUUGACCCCAUAGAAAUACCUGUGAUGGCUGUGGGUGGGGAGAACUGAUAAGAGCUACAGGGAUGCAGAAGCAGAGGGCACAAGGAACACUGAAUAUCAUCUCCUCCAUCUCACUGAUGAUGGAAACUGAGGCCAGAGGAGAGCCUAGUCCAUGACGUCAAGGUCAGUGGCAAGCUCCUGUGGACCCAGUUUGCUUUUAAAAACAUCUAGAAGGGAGAAGACUUACUGAAUGGUGCCUGCUACGGCCUGCAGGGCCCCGUUAAAGGAAGCUCCCAACUCUGAAGCCAGAGGAUGCAAGGACUUGGGAACAUCUGCCUGUGAGGAGCUGUCACUAGUGGGUGGGCGAGGGCCAGUCACAGCCAUUCUCCUCUGAAUGGAAAAUGCAGCAGAAUCUUCCAGGGUG